AUGACAAACAUCUCAGCUAUCCAGCGCAAUAUAACCCAGGUAGCUGGCAUAAGCAGCCUUGAAAUUAUGAGGUUGACCUUACUUGGUAUCACACUUACUAGUUUCAUAUUAUUUUCCUAUGUCAUGGCAGUAAUGCUAAGUGUCUGCUUCACCAGCACUGUUGCCCGCCAAGAAGUCCGCUACAUCUUGUUCACCCACAUGCUUGUUACUGACUUGGUCUACCUCCUUCUUAGCCUCUUCCUGUUCUUAGCUUUCUUUUAUCCCACUAAGUACCCUGCACCUUUCUGCUACAUUAUGGUCUUCGUGACCUCCACCUCUCUGAAGAUCACUCCCUACAACUUGGCCAUUAUGUCUUUGGAACGCUAUGUGGCCAUUUGCUUCCCGCUACGACACAGAGAGAUCUGCACUUUACACAGAAUGGGCAUCGCUAUUGCAAUUAUUUGGGUCAUCGCUCUGUUGCCUAACGUUGCCGAUUUCUUUGUUUUAAUUUUGUCGGUCCAGAAAACGUUUUUUUCUCAGAAUGUGGUUUUGAUAUGCAGUCGGUCUUCGUUCAUUGUCACAUCGGUCCAAAAUACCAUAAGACUGGCCAGCCACGCCUCAACUUUUUCUUUGGUGGGACUUAUAAUCAUCUUCACGUACAUCAAGAUCAUGCUGGUGGCUUUCAAGGUGGACUCAGGAAAGUCGUCUGCCUCCAAAGCUGGAAGAACGGUCAUGCUCCAUGCGAUUCAACUCCUGCUGUGUAUGAUGGCUUUCAGCUACAGCAUCUUUGAGAUCAUCCUAAAAGAUUAUAUCUCCUUACUCCCUAUCAUCAACUUUUGUUUCUUCAUGUGUUUGCCGAGGUUCAUCAGCCCUUUCAUUUAUGGGAUUAGGGAUAAACUCUUCCGCAAGCAGAUUCAAAAAUUUAUUUUUUGUGGUUUUCAAAAAUGUAGUUCAAAAUAG